AUGCGGCAUCAAAGUCGAUAGUCGAAACGGAAUCAGAAGUAUCCAUUGAUGUUGAUAACAUUGCAGACGCUGUGCCACAAACUUCGAAAUUUCCAUCGAAUAAGACGAGCAAAGCAGAUACCCGUACAAAUCCAACAAUCGAACGUGAAGUAAAGACCAAUGAUCAUCAACCCAAAUUACCACUUGCCCUGCGUCCGGCACCGGCUUCAGUGAAGAAAAUACGAAUGCGUGAAUUAAAGAAAACGGACACCGAAAUCGAAUUGAGUACAACCAAAUCAGCAUCCACAGGUGAUAAUUCAUCGAAAGGGGCAUCGAAUGAAAAAUCAAAUGAGCAACGACCGCCAAAAAAAUCGAUUUGCAACAAAAGAAAGAGGCUAAUGCACAAAUGUGAUCAAUGCGAUUAUCAAAGUGACCACAAAGGACAUUUCACAAGACAUAUAGAGAUGCAUCAGAAAAAACCAUUUCGUUGUGAAAGAUGCAGAAAGAGUUUCGCAGACCAAGAACUUUUCGAUAUUCACAUGAAAGGUCAUGAGAACCAAUGCACAAAGUGUCUAUCAGUAUUUGGUAACAAAUUGGCUAUGAAAGAACACGAAAAGCAUUGCAAUAGACGAAAUUAUCAGUGUUAUUUAUGCAAAUAUACUACUGUUAAGAGAACUGAUUUUAUGGCGCAUAUGAGUACACAUACUGGUAACAGACCUUUCAAAUGCCAACAUUGUAAGGCUGAUUUCACAACGAACUCUCAUCUAAAGAGACACAAAAAGAAUGUUCAUAAAUUGUCAUAAAUAAAAGAUUUCGCUAGGAUUUCUUACAAUGGCUUAUCAAAACGAUACAUUAUAUUGACGUAUUUUCAGGCAGCUGAUUCAGAAGGCUCCUUUCAAAUCGACUUAAAAUUAAUUAUAAAGCAUAUUAACUAACACAUUUAAUUCAUUUUUGAAUGGAAUAAGAUUGUAAGAGAAAGAUGUAAACCAUAGAAGAUAACAACAAACGUAUUGCUCUUUGAAGCAACAAAAAUAUACAAUUUUUAUUUGA